AUGUCAUCAAUCCCUUUCGGUAACGAAAUCGAUGAUCAAAUGUACAAUAUCGCUUUCAGUGCUGACAUAGGUUUGACUGACAGUUACUUCGGACUCAAUAGCACAAUCGACCCGAAUUUAAAUAUACGUUCAACGGAAUUUCACAAGGCAAAUGUUCAUUACGAUUCUUUAUAUUUGCCACAAAACGCUGAAAUAUGGGAUGAUAGUUUGUCAAAAUGCAAGAAAAAGUAUAUUUGCUUAUUUUGUUAUAGAGCCUUCGAAAAUCCCUGUAGCAGAAAACAACACAUUGAGGUGAUGCAUAUUCAGGAAUAUAAAUACAUUUGUAGGCAUUGUGAAGUGUCAUUUACAGAUGAUGCUGAAUAUAAUGGACACGUAAAUAUGCAUAAAAACAUGAUGUACUACAAAUGCCAGGCGUGCGAAAAAACGUUUUAUACUCCAAAAGAAAUGAGUUAUCAUCUAAGAGAACAUUUUGUUGAUAUAACAUUUCGUUGUGCUGUGUGCUCGAAGAUUUUUCAUGAUAAGCUAUUAUAUGAAGCACAUUGCAAAGAUCAUAACAAUGAUGAAAAUAAUAACUCAAGAGUUGAGCAUGAAAUUGAGAAACUACAAGCAGUUACCACUGCCUCAUUACUUCACCUCGAAGAGAACAAGUUAGCUAGUUAUGAACAGCAACCAAAUUCUCAGAAAAUAAAACUUUUAACGAAAGAAUAUAUUUAUCCAUGUACAGUUUGCCCACAGAAAUUUGAUUGUAAACUUACUUAUGAUAGGCACUAUGUCGAGCAGCAUCAAAUUACAAAAAAAAAGAAGUCGAUUGACAAAUCUGAGCCUGAAUCGCUUGCCUGUACUACUUGUGGUCUAUUGCUAACAAUUGGUGAAGAACAGAAUAAUCAUGAGUGCCAAGAAAUAAAAACAAAUAAACUUAAAUAUUAUUGUCAUAUAUGUGGCAAAGGAUUUAACCAUGCGGGUUCAGUUAAAAGACAUAUAAAGACUCAUGAACACGAAUCUGAUGAAUCUGCAACUGGAAAAUCAAGAUGUCCAAUAUGCCAGAAAGUUUAUCGUAAAGAAACAUCUAUGAGAGAACAUUUGAAAUCGCAUAGUGGAGAAUCCGUGUUAAAAUGCACCAUCUGUGGUAAAUAUCUUAGAAAUCUUAAUAGUCUAAGAAGACAUACCAAAACGCACAGUAAUGCGAUCAAGAAGAAUUUAGUAGAGAAAAAAACAGGCCUUAGACGUAAUAAACAAGCGAAAGUAGCACAGAUCUUAGGUGGCCAAGGUGCUGACGGUUCGCCUGGUGAGCGACGUGGAUCUGGACGGCCCACUUCAGGAAUCAGAAACAACGCAAUGCGUGGGCAAGCGGGUUCCCGCGAAAGUUUAGACUACGAUCACUCCGAAGAUUCAGGCAGGAAGUUAGUGAGGUCGCUACAAUGAACUUUAUACCCAAUACGCACCA